AGUGCCGUCAUUGAGCCUGCUGCUGCCAGGAGGGAUUAGUGAUGGGGACGUGAACGUGGAUGAGUUUUUGGGAAUGGACAUGUGGAAGGUCGUCGAGGCAUUUCCCAUUUACUACACAUAUGCAAUGGCUCUCUAUCGUCUUUUUUGCACUAACGUAUAAUGAUAGAUUAUUAUUAGCAAGGCUUCUGAGCUCUUGGCAAUGACGCUGAUGACCACUACUCCACUGAAUAAAAAGGGGUCCAGGGCGAGAAUCAAUCUAAUUCUAACUUGUCCAUCACGCGCUACUUAUGGCGACGAUUAUUGCUGCGUUGACGAACUUUGGGCUGUCUUUGGCUGCUAUUGGGCUGUCGUUGUUGUAUUCUGUGCUAGCUGUGUUCCAAGCUGCCUUCGCGCUUGUUCAAAGCAUGAUUGAGAGUAUACUGAAGCUGGGACAGAGCAUCACUACUCUGGUGCUGGAGUUGUUUCAGGGAAUGUUCGGGUUCGUUCUCGCAAACUUCGCUGCAAUUUUCGUCAUUGGUGCAGUGUACUACUUAUACACGCUCAGACAGCAGGGAAAGGGACCCAAGGUGUUGCAGAAGAGGUUCUGACUUGACUGCGUCGGUAAUCGAAGAGAAUCCCGGGUUCUCAGGCUGUGCAUCAUUAGUAUUACGACCACACAUGCUGCCCCAAGCUGAAUCGUUUUGACAUGACUAUGAGCUAU